CCCACCACCCGCUCCCCGCCGCCGCCUUUAAUGCCUCCUCCGGGGACAGCGUCUCUCAAGCGUCAACGACUCUACUGCUCCACCGGCGCUUCCCUGUGAGCUCGCGCCGCGCGUGGGGGCGCGUAGACCCGCUAGUGCCGUGUGCUGCUAGAGGGAGCUCUGUGGUGUGGUGAUUGGCGAGAGGGCGCGCGUGUGUCUCGCCCGGAGUAUACCAUUAUUUUCUUCGCUCCCGGGGGUGCGGAGGGAGGAUGAUGCUGGCGAUGGGGUUGCGGGGCUGGGUGGGGGAGGAGGAGGAGUAGGCGCCCAGUUGCUUUGAUCGCUCCCGCCUGGCGGCCGGGGAGGCGCGGAUUGGGAAGGUGUAGUGGUCAUUCAACUUGUUCUGCUCCAGUUCUGAACCGACGAGUCUGAUUGGUGAGCCUGACUACUCUCCCAAAAGAAAUGGCGCUUGCUGUUUUUUUUCUGAAUGAUAAUGUACAAGAAGGUGAACAACUGAUCAUGUUCUGAUGCUGAACACCUUGUGAUGAAACUGUACUCCCGUUCAUUCUCCGCUGUUGCUUGAAUUCUGGUUUGGUUUCCUUCCCAGCUUUGAUUUGUUGCUACAGUAUCAUUGUACCAUCUCACCGGCAAGCUUGUCGGAAUGUAUGGUGCUUCACUGCUGAGUUUAAGGAACCAGUGUCCAGAGCUCGCAUGUUAUAGGAGCAGUGCUGUAAACUUGUGAUAUAAAGGCAAAUUGUGAGAAAGAAAAACUUCCAAGUUCUUUUGAGGAUGGGAGACCCUGGAGAGUCUUCUGAGAAGCACUCCCAAUGGAUAUCACACUGGACCAAAGGAAGCAGCAGUGCAGAACCCCGAGUUGGCAAGAGAUGUGAUGAUUCUACGGAGGAUGCGAAAUAUGACACUUGUACGGAAAAUUUCGGACCAUCAAACUUUGAGAUCAUGAAAUCUAGACUGUUUGAAAGGUUAAUGGUAGGAAUCAGCCAAGAAAGAGCAAUCCUGGAGCAUGGACAGCAGCUAAAUUCCAAUAUGAGGGCAGUGGUAAAAGAUGCUCGACGACACACUGCGCAAAAUCAAAUUGAUCAGGUAGACGGGCCUAUCAAAAAAUCUGUGAUGCAAAAAGAUGUGUUAUAUGCUAAAGCUGUAGUAUCAAAAUCACUUUCCAUUCAGAAGUUUUCAGAGUUACCGUUGGAUUUUCAGAACCUUGUGAGUUCAGAUGACCUGAGUUCAGAGUGGAACCAUUUUCCUAUGUUCGCAAUCAACAGAAAAAUUGACUCUAUUCUCAACGCUAAGAGAAAAUCUGCAAAGAGUACUGUGCCAAAAAAUGUUUUUGUGCCAAAACAAACUCUGAAGCUAAACAUGACUACAUCUAAUGUGAUGGCAUUCUCAUCUGAGGAAUAUGAACUGCACUCCCAACGAACAACUGACACGAUAAUGGAUCAGUGCAAACAUGCAGGAGACAUUGUAUCUCGCCUAGAAGAUCCUGCUGGUGUCAUGUUGGAUCCUGCAGAGCAAAAAUUAAAAGGUCAGUUGUCACCUGCAACGUCAUGUUCGUGUAGCAAGGAUGACAGUAACUCAUCUGAUAGUCUAUCAGAUGAGCAGCAUACAAGCCACUAUCUUGCAGACUCAGAUCAGGAACUAGCCUGCAGAUCCAGUGAAAAAAAGUUGAUGUUUUCAGAAAACAAUAACGCGGACCAUAAAAUUGGAAGCUCCUUCCAGAAUCAGAAGUCAGGAGCACCUGGACAUCGCGAACAAAAUAGUUCUGAGGGAGCCAUAUUUCGUACGUCAGUAACUGGUAAAGAAUUUGAAGCUGAUCAAAUUAAUUGUUCCAACAAAUAUAAGCAGGAUGAUGAAAAAUUUUAUGGUCCGUGUGAGUCUCAUGGUAGGAUUGUGGCUAGUGAUAUAUUAUCUUAUGGGCAACAACAUCUGAAUUCACAAAGAAUGGUAUCUGCAGCAAAUGUCACUGGCUCCUGCAUGUUACCUGAUACAACUGCAAACCUAUUUUCAGUAAAUGGUAGAGGUGAGGCAGCGACACAGCCAUUGGACAUAUUGGGAGGUUCUACUAAAAAGAAAGCUCCCUAUUUAUUUGAAAUGCUAACCAUACCUUCCAAAACACAAGAUAUGUAUCCUGAAGAUUCACUGCCUUCAGGAAACUCGACUGCUUUUGGAGUUCACAUGUAUGACACAAAUAUUGGAAGCCAUCUAUUUGGACCAAACAACAAAUCAUCAGGCAAUGUUGAAACGUUAUCCAGCGGCAGUCAACAUGUUUCAAAAUCCUCAGAAGGCAUUGCUUCAUUGUUGGCACAAAAGGAGUAUGGCUGCACAAAAAAUGAAAAAUCUGAGCAGUUUGCAACCCUGUCCAUCAAAGGUGCACUAGGAUGCAGCAAAGCAAAUGGAUUCCAAAACGUGAAUCAACACCAAGAUGUUUCCUCCAAAGCAACUGUCUCUAACAACCAACACUGCUUCAUUCCUGGGACAGCACGCAUGGACUUAGAUCUCAUGCAGUUUCAGAUGAGCAGAAUGAGAAACCAAGUUGCAGCUGAUACAAUUCAAUCGCAAGCGACGGCUGAACCAAGUGACAGAUGGCUCAAACGCCUACAGCUUGACAGCAAGGACCCUCAUCUUCCCGGUUCCAAGAGGCCAAAAGUUGGAGACUGUCGUCCUGUCAUCGAAGAACCAAGCAGCAUGAGACCAUGUUGCGAUGGGAGUGACGACGACAUUGUCGACGGUGAUAAGGAGGAGCAGGGAUUGGUUGAAGAGGUGCAAAUUCAAGGAGCCCGGGAAACAUCUCCUGCUGGGGCGAAGAUUGAUAGCCGGUGGAUAGGGAGAUGGUGUCAGGGUGGUGUUCCUGUUUACCAUGAAGAUGAUCCAGAUCAGAGGAAGGAAGCUACAAAGCCUGUCCUUGCCUCCGGAGGACUUGAAGGCCAGUUCCCAAGCAUCACAGCAAUGGCGAUGAUGGGGAGAGCAAUGAGCAAGGUUCGGCCGUGUCAGCAAGAGAGGAGGGGGUCCUUCAUGGUGUGGAAGACGUAGAAGGAUCCUAACCACGAACAGGUUUUAUUUAUAUUUCAAUCUUUUUUUGUCAAUUUGUAUAAUGUACUACUUGCCAGGUACAUGCUGUGUAAUUUCUUUUAAGAACAUGUGAAGUAUAUUUGUCAUGUUUUUUUUAUCAUCCUUAAGAAGUAUCUUGAGGUA